UCGUACAGCCACGAGGGCGGCAGGCGACCGUUAUUUCGAGUACCAAUCGUGGCUCUUCUUUGAAGGAGCUCGACUCAUCAGGAACCCUCAUCUCUCCCCAGGAGUAGCACUCCUAAGGCGGCUUACUACUUCUGCCUGUAAACUUGCGUGUGAAACAGUCACUUGCCUGUCACUACUACUUGCAACAGUUCGAUCCCUGCGUCGUCACUCCUCGCUCGAGAUACUCUCCGUGGUGUUACUGCUCGCGAAAGAGAAUCUCCAUUGUGUUACUACUGUACCUCUUUAGUCAGCGGGUGGCCCCUCAGCACUCCUCCCAUGGCGGCUAUUGGUCCCUCGGCUAUCGGUAGAAGCAGAGUGCUCCUUGCCGUUUGCGUUCUGCUCGCCUUGCUUGUCCUCCCUGCAGCAGUGGCUGCGCCUGCACCGCCAGGCGGAGGCUUCCCGCCCCCCCCUCCAGGCCCAGGCUUCCCGCCCCCCCCUCCAGGCCCGGGCGGCGCAACCCCCCCCGCGCCCUCCAACUGUGCAGUCAAGCAGCGGCGCAUUUGCCCCUGGUUCUGUGACAGGGAUGACAAUAACGGGGAUGGGCCGUGCCUGUUGAAGAAGGCUUGUCCCCAGGGGCAGAUCUGCAUCCCCUUUGUAAGGAGCUGCAAGGGGUACAAGUGCGUCAAGAUAUUCCCUGGAAGCAAAUAGGAACUAGAACUUAGCAAACAUUGGAAACCUUUUGUCAUGUUGUGGUAGAUUUGGAAGUAUUGUCCCUGCCUCCCCCAGGUAUCCUCAGGUUUGUGCGAAAGACCACCUGACAAAUUACGCAGUGCACCCCCUUACGUGACUACACCACCUUGUGCUGCUAUGGGUGCAUUGAUUCCAUUGAUUGCUUUGCUGGCGCCUCCCUUGCCCUCUGCCCCCAGUGCUGAGUGCCUGCCUUUGGACAU